UUGACCAGUCUGUUGUCAUGCUUGCUCCAACAUCGCCAUGCUGAUGCAGUCUUAAUAGCAUGCUAGGUUGCUGACGUUAUUUCAGAAGCAGAAUUGGCUUUAUUGCCAGUUAUGUGCACACAAACACGGAAUUUGACUCUGAUUUGUUUUCCAGUUUACUUACACAGGAAGAUCCAUAACAAGUAGAACAAAGAAUGACCAAGUUGGAAAUAAGAUUUUAACGAAGGAUGGCUUCUCGCGGGAAAUCAGAAACUGGAAAAUUGAGGCAAAAUAUGGAAGAGCAACUUGACAGACUGAUGCAGCAGCUGCAGGAUCUGGAGGAAUGCAGAGAGGAACUGGACGAGGACGAGUAUGAAGAGACAAAAAAGGAAACCUUGGAACAACUGAGUGAAUUCAAUGACUCCCUGAAGAAAAUCAUGACAGGAGACAUGACGCUUGUGGAUGAACUCAGUGGCAUGCAGCUGGCGAUCCAGGCCGCAAUCAGCCAAGCAUUCAAAACCCCAGAGGUGAUCCGACUUUUUGCUAAGAAGCAGCCAGGACAGCUGAGAACCAGAUUAGCAGAGAUGGACCGAGAUGUCAUAGUGGGAAAACUGCCCCGGGAUCUGUACACGCAGCAGAAAAUGGAAAUCCUCACAGCCUUGAGAAAGCUUGGAGAAAAGCUCACUGCGGAGGAUGAGAUUUUUCUUACUGAAAAUGCUACAGCUACUCUCAGCCAGUUUGAAAAAGUGACUGCAAACUUAGGCUCUGAGGACAAAAUUAUGGCUUUAGCUAGCUCUGGUGUGAAAACCAAGGCAUCGUAGAUACACAAAAUGUUAAUUUUAACAGUGUCUUUUCACUACCAAGAAAGAAAAUGUGCCAAUUGAUCACUGAUAUUGUAGAUAAUCAGUCCAUUUCUAGUUGUUGCUGUAGGUGCUAACACUUUUUAAAAGUAUUGUUUUUAUAGCCCUUAACUUUUGUAAAUGUCUUUUAUUUGUCCAGAUCAGUGUAAAAUUGUAUUAUAGGUACGAGCAUGUUAUUUGUUAACUAUGAAAACAUGUACAUGAAUGUGAAGGCAGUCCAAGAGAAAUAUUCUGUCAUGAUUUGUGCUGUAUUUCUUAUUGGGUUCCCCCGUCUGGCUUAAAACCAGAAAAUUCAACAGGGUUGUUUUUAAAGAUGUUGAUUUCCUUUCCUCCUUCUGCAAAUAUUCAACAUGUAAUUUUAUGUGAACUAAACUGUGCAGGGAUUUGGAGAAAAUAGAGGAGGAAAAACAAGAUUGAAGUAACUAAAUUACACUGCAAAGGCAGUAACACUAGCAGGUCCAUUUGUGUAUGCAUACAGUGCAAGAUGACAAUAUGAUAUAUGCAUCCAAAUGACAGGUAUGUUGACCACAAAUCGUUUAUAAUUGAUUGACUCAAAAAUGCAAGCUGGUAACAACAAGUCAGGAAUAGAUGGAAAUGUGUCUGAAUAUUUAUGAAACACAACAGUGGCCUCUGCUUCAGAUUUAAUUCUGUCCGUCUAAACAAAACAUACUCGUCAUUUGCCUCCUGAAGUUCAUAAGUUCAUAAUCUGACUGCAGUUUGGAAACUGCAUUUAUCCAGCUCAAAUCUGAGAUGAAAUGAGCAAUCUGGACUGAAAAAAUAUGAUCAGAUGCGUCUUUGACCAGUUUGUCUGCAGUGUGAUUAGAAACCCACAGGAUGGAUUGGAUGCCAUCUGUUAAACAUUGCGGAGGGCCUUGUGAUGGUUUGCGGAGCCGCCUCAUGACAGCGAUUCAGUGAGAUGAAUAGUCUGUCCGGAUGUUUGACAGCCAAGGAACACGAGGUCACUUCACAACGCCAGAAGCGGCCUGUGCUGUUGUUCACGGUGUCCUCACUCUGCAAAAUGAUUGAGAGUUACACACAAAACAAAGAUGAACAGGAUGCAUCAACUACAACUACUUAUAAAUUUGCAACAAUCAAGCUCAAUGUUGCAUUUUUGUCAAAAAUAUCAAAAUGUUUACAGAAUCAAUCAUGACUGAUAUUCAGCUUUGAAACCAUGUUUCUCUGAAUGCAAGUAUAAAAAUAAAUCCAUGGUGUUUGUUUUAUUUGUUUGA